AUGUUCUCCAGCCUCGGAACCAAGAUCGCCAUGAAGAAACUGGGCAUCCCCAAGGACGCCCUCAACUUCACAUCGCCCGCCGCCGCCGACACCACACCACCACGACGAGCUUCGAAACGGGGCACCCGCAGCAACACGAUAGAUGGAGACGAGGCAGCAGCAGGAGGAGAGGCAGGCGGAGAGGAGCAGAAGUCAUGGCCCAAGUGGAUGACGGCAAAGAGCCUCCCCAUGACGGUGCAGCCUUGGCUCUCGCCCGCGCCGCCUCCCGUUCCUGUCGCUGCGGAACCUCCCAGGGUGGGCGACGUGGCGCCGGCGGAUCAAGAUGGGAAGCUGGUGGUUGGGAGGGGGAGGAAGGUGGUGGUUGUGUUUCUGCGAUGUGUAGGAUGUGCCUUCGCCCAAAAUACCUUCCUAUCCCUCCGCGAGCUCUCCAACAAGCUCUCCAACAGCAACAUCACCUGCAUAGCCAUCUCCCACGCCUCCCCGGCCGCCACCAAGAAAUGGCUCGACCUCAUCGGCGGGCCCUGGAAGGUCCAGGUGCUCAUCGACGAGGACCGCGCCAUCUACGCCGCGUGGGGGCUCGGCGUCUCGACCGUCUGGUACUACUUCAACCCGGCCACCCAGGCGGCGGCCUGGCGGGAAAAGGGCUGGCUGGGCGCCAAGGUGGCGGCUUCUGUGGGGAGGAGGGCGGCCGCGAACUUGACGGGGGAGGACGGCGGGGACGGUGUUCCUGGCAUGGGGAAUAAGUGGCAGCAGGGAGGGGCUUUUGCUGUGGACGAGAGAGGGGUUGUGGUAUGGGGUGGCAAGGCGAGGAGUGCGGAUGAUUUGAUGGACUUGGAGGCUGGCUUCAAAGCGCUGGUUGGUUGA